UUUUACAGCAUGGCUACCAAAUUGCUAAAAACAUGCUUUGGGACUGCCAGUGAGUGUAUCUUUUGUGGUCUUACAACAGACUUACUAGUGCUUCCUUUUUCUGAGUUAAUGUUCUGAAGUUACUGUCACAAUGAGUUCAGGCUUAUGGAGCCAAGAAAAAGUCACUUCACCCUACUGGGAAGAGCGGAUAUUUUAUUUGCUUCUUCAAGAAUGCAGUGUGACAGACAAACAGACACAAAAGCUGCUUAAAGUGCCGAAGGGGAGUAUAGGACAGUACAUCCAAGAUCGCUCUGUGGGGCAUUCAAGGAUUUCUUCAGUGAAAGGCAAGAAAAAUCAGAUUGGAUUAAAGAUCCUAGAGCAACCUCAUGCAGUUCUUUUUGUUGAUGAAAAGGAUGUUGUAGAAAUAAAUGAAAAAUUCACAGAGUUACUACUGGCAAUUACUAACUGUGAGGAGAGGCUCAGCCUGUUUAAAAACAGAAGCCGACUAAGUAAAGGCCUCCAGAUAGAUGUCGGCUGUCCUGUGAAGGUGCAGCUGAGAUCUGGGGAAGAGAAAUUUCCAGGAGUCGUGCGCUUCAGAGGACCCUUGUUAGCUGAGAGAACAGUGUCGGGCAUAUUCUUUGGAGUAGAAUUACUGGAAGAAGGCCGUGGUCAAGGUUUCACUGAUGGGGUAUAUCAAGGAAAACAGCUGUUUCAGUGUGAGGAAGAUUGUGGAGUGUUCGUUGCAUUGGACAAACUAGAAAUUAUAGAAGAUGAUGACAACGGGCUGGAAAGUGAUUAUGCAGGCCCAGUGGACACAAUGCAGUCUGAAGUCCCCCCUUUGGAAAUAAACUCCAGAGUUUCUUUGAAGGUUGGAGAAACUAUAGAAUCUGGAACAGUAAUAUUCUGUGAUGUUUUACCAGGAAAAGAGAGCUUAGGAUAUUUUGUUGGUGUAGACAUGGAUAACCCUAUUGGCAACUGGGAUGGAAGAUUUAAUGGAGUACAGCUUUGUAGUUUUGCAAGUGUCGAAAGUACAGUUCUCUUACACAUCAAUGAUAUCAUCCCAGAUAGCGUGGCACAGGAAAGGAGGCCUCUCAAACUUGCCUUUAUGUCAAGAGGUGUUGGGGACAAAGGUUCAUCCAGUCAUAAUAAACCAAAGGUUACAGGAUCUACCUCAGACCCUGGAAAUAGAAACAGAUCUGAAUUAUUUUAUACCUUAAAUGGGUCUUCUGUUGACUCACAACCACAAUCCAAAUCAAAAAAUACAUGGUACAUUGAUGAAGUUGCAGAGGAUCCUGCAAAGUCACUUACAGAGCUAUCUCCAGAUUUCGGACGUUCUUCACCACCACUGCAGCCACCUUCCAUGAACUCCUCCUUAUCUAGUGAGAACAGAUUUCACUCUUUACCCUUCAGUCUGACGAAGAUGCCCAACACCAAUGGCAGUAUUGGUCACAACCCGCUUUCUCUGUCAGUUCAGUCUGUGAUGGGAGAGCUGAGCAGCAUGCCUGUCCAGGAGAGCCCACCUGUGCCCAGCUCUUCUGGUAGCUCACAUGGCCUCGAGGUGGGCUCGCUGGCUGAAGUGAGAGAGAACCCUCCUUUUUAUGGUGUGAUCCGUUGGAUUGGGCAGCCACCAGGACUCAAUGACGUGCUAGCUGGACUGGAACUGGAGGAUGAAAGUGCAGGCUGUACAGAUGGAACCUUCAGGGGCACUCGAUAUUUCACCUGUGCCCUGAAAAAGGCGCUGUUCGUGAAACUGAAGAGCUGCAGGCCUGACUCUAGGUUUGCGUCCCUGCAGCCUGUUUCCAAUCAGAUUGAACGCUGUAACUCUUUAGCUUUUGGGGGAUACUUAAGUGAAGUAGUAGAAGAAAAUACUCCACCAAAAAUGGAAAAAGAAGGGUUGGAGAUAAUGAUUGGAAAGAAGAAGGGAAUCCAGGGUCAUUACAAUUCUUGUUACUUAGACUCAACCUUAUUCUGCUUAUUUGCUUUUAGUUCUGUUCUGGACACUGUAUUACUUAGACCCAAAGAAAAGAAUGAUGUAGAAUAUUAUAGUGAAACUCAAGAGCUACUGAGGACAGAAAUUGUUAAUCCUCUGAGAAUAUAUGGAUAUGUGUGUGCUACAAAAAUUAUGAAACUGAGGAAAAUACUUGAAAAAGUUGAGGCUGCAUCAGGAUUUACCUCUGAAGAAAAAGAUCCUGAAGAAUUCCUAAACAUCCUGUUUCAUCAUAUUUUAAGGGUUGAACCAUUGUUAAAAAUAAGAUCGGCAGGUCAAAAGGUGCAAGAUUGUUACUUCUAUCAAAUUUUUAUGGAGAAAAAUGAGAAAGUUGGAGUUCCUACAAUUCAGCAGUUACUAGAAUGGUCUUUUAUCAACAGUAACCUGAAAUUUGCAGAGGCACCAUCAUGUCUGAUUAUUCAGAUGCCUCGGUUUGGAAAAGACUUCAAACUAUUCAAAAAAAUUUUUCCUUCCUUGGAAUUAAAUAUAACAGAUUUACUUGAAGACACUCCCAGGCAGUGCAGGAUCUGUGGAGGGCUUGCAAUGUACGAGUGUAGAGAAUGCUACGAUGACCCCGACAUCUCGGCUGGAAAGAUCAAGCAGUUCUGUAAGACCUGCAACACUCAAGUCCACCUUCAUCCUAAGAGGCUGAACCACAAAUACAACCCGGUGUCCCUUCCCAAAGAUUUGCCUGACUGGGACUGGAGACACAGCUGCAUUCCCUGCCAGAAGAUGGAAUUGUUUGCUGUUCUCUGCAUAGAAACAAGCCACUAUGUUGCGUUUGUGAAGUAUGGGAAGGAUGACUCUGCCUGGCUCUUCUUUGACAGCAUGGCUGAUCGGGAUGGUGGUCAGAAUGGCUUCAACAUUCCUCAAGUGACACCUUGUCCGGAAGUGGGAGAAUACUUGAAGAUGUCUCCAGAGGAUCUGCACUCAUUGGACUCCAGAAGAAUCCAAGGCUGUGCCCGCAGACUGCUCUGUGAUGCUUAUAUGUGCAUGUACCAGAGCCCAACAAUGAGCUUGUACAAGUAAUUGGGCUCUUCCAGAGCAGGGCACAGCCUGAGCGCAGAAUUGCAGUGUGCAUUGGCCUUCAGUUGGUGGUUCUGUCCAGCGUCCAUUGCCGGCAAUGGGCGUUGGGCAUCUUGGUGGUGAUGGCUCUCAGCAAAGGAUUCCUGUGUUUCAAAAAGUUACUUUUGUGUUCCCAAAGUAUUUAAUAAGAAGCAUUUUGCACUCUAGAAAGAAUGUUUAUGUUGGUUUUUUAAAAAGUCUAAAUGAAGUUAUUAAUACCUGAAGCUUUAAGUUAAGUGCAUUGAUCAUAUAUUUUUGGAAGCAUAAAAUUUUAAUUGUGACAGUUUCAAACCUCUUUUAGUCCAUUGAGAAUGUAAAUAAAUAUUUCUUCUUUAUGGACCAAUGCUAUGAAAUCAUUUUUCCAUUGUAACAGUUGCCUUGAGGAAGAAACAAUUUGAUUUUAUUAAGAAUCUCCUUUGAGUCCAGUUGUUAAAGGUGUACUUGAGUGAGUUUAAUUGUUAAUUCUUCCCUAUAUAGUGCUGAUUUCCUGCAUGUCCACAAUUUGAUGAGCUUCUGUGUUUCUACAACAGUGGUCAGAAAAUACUGAAAUUCCCUUAAUGGUGGUGUUCUCUGUGUGUUCUGAUUUUGAGAUAAAUGAGUGAUUUUGUUGUAAAAUGUCCAUUUUUCAAUGUAAUUUUCUUAGAGGAUUAGGGUACUCAGCAUCUGAAGCUGUCUGGUCAUAGCAGUAACUGUCACGACACAAGGGUGUUGUUUUUAAGGGGCUGUAAUUAUUUUGUGAAAUAGAAAAUAAUAAAUUUUAUGAAAGGA